AGGGUCAGCCACUGCCCUCACUUCCAUUUUCUCUCUCUUCUCCUCUGUUCUUCCGCCCACCUUUCUCUCUCCUCCAUUGAAGCGCACUCAGAGUUCUCCAUUGAAGCCGCUUCUUAGAGUUCUCCAUUGAAGCGCACUCAGAGUUCUCCAUUGAAGCCACUUUCUCAGCUUCUCAGGUAUUCGGCACGACGCUUCAUUCCCUUCCAAUUUGCAGUAUUAUAACAAGAUUUGCAAGCGGGAGAUUGUUAAUAUUAUUGCUGAAGAAUUAAGGUUGAUUAUCGAUUUUUCUGAAUUUACUUCGGUUUGAAUUAUUGAUGUUCAAUUUCUGCGAAUUGUAUCGGCUGUUUUGUUGAUUGUUGCCGCUUUAAUAUUGGCCCGUUUCGCUUUAACCUCGACCAUGACCCGACACUGACCCGUUAAAUAUCCAUCAUGGCCCGCAACCGACCCGCCCCGCUAACGACCCGCACAAUAACCACCCCUAGGGAUGUCAGUGGGGCGGGUCUAGUAGGAGAUCCGCCAUCGGGGCGGGGAUGGGUCUAGCUUUGGCUGGUCGCGGGGUGGGGAUGGGUCUAAAAUCCAUACCUGCCAUGGGUGAUGAGGCGGGGGUGGUUUUUUAUGUAAUACUCGCCCCGCCCCACCCCGCCUGAUCCACCCCGUACCCGCCCAGCCCCGCCUGACCCACCCCAUUUCCGACCCAUACCCGCUUUAUACCCACCUCAUACCCGCGUAAGACCCGACCCAUAGCAUACAGGUGAUAAUAAUGCUAUAAAAAAAAAAAAUAUUACUACACCUAAUGUCCUAAUGAAAUCUCUAGAAGACUAGAACCCAGUAACCCACUUACCACCCUCAUUCUCAAAACAAAAACACUAGCCUACUCUCUCAGUCGUCUCUCCUCUCACCUCUCUCCUCUCAAGCGCUGAAUCUACUUCCUCACACCCCUCUCUUCGAUCCUUCUUCUUCAACCUCAUGUGCAAUCGGAUCAGUUUCGACUAAAUGGAUUAAGUUAAUCUCGCCGCUCCUAUCAAAUCUCUCCUCUCAACGCUCCGAUCUGCAAUUCUUCAAUUCUAUUUGCGAGUUUCAUUCGAUCCUGCAACUCAUUCAAUUUAGGAACAUUAAUGCUCCGAAGAUUGCCGGUAACAAUAGCAUCAAAGGCUAUCAAUUACCCAAUUUAUCUUCGUCUUCUUCCUCCGCGACAAUUCUCUCUCCUUACAAUGGAUGGAGGCAGGGAAAGCAGUAGCUUUUCCUUCUCCUCUUUACCGAGUUUAGCUGGAGGAAGAAAGCAUGGAGACACGAGAAGCAAUCGUGGUGGAUCAAGAGGCCGUGGUCGUGGUCGUGGUGCUCCUACUGGUACUUCAGAUAGAAUUGAUACUCUUGGUAGACUGUUGGUACGUAUAUUGAGACAUAAUGCGACGGAGCUGAAUUUGGACAUGCGUAGUGAUGGAUAUGUCAAGCUUCAAGAUUUAUUAAAGCUGAACAUGAAAACAAGGUCAAAUAUCCCAUUAAGCUCACAUUCUAUUGAUGAAAUUAGAGAAGCUGUAAGGAUAGACAAUAAGCAGAGGCUUGGCCUUUUGGAAAAGGAUGGAGAACUGUGGAUACGUGCAAACCAAGGUCAUACUGUAAAGUCUGUAGAGAGUGAGAGUUUAUUGAAGCCGAUCCUUUCUGCUGAAGAGGUCCCUGUUUGUGUUCAUGGUACAUAUAAGAGGCUUCUUCAAUCUAUUCUUGCAUCUGGUCUCAAGCGAAUGAGCAGGUUGCACAUUCACUUUGCAUGUGGCUUACCAUCAGAUGGAGAAGUAAAAAGUGGUUUUAGGCGUGAUGUUAACAUGAUAAUCUUCAUAGACACAACGAAAGCAAUGGAAGAUGGAAUGAAGUUUUACAAGUCUGAAAAUGGGGUAAUACUGACAGAAGGCUUUGAUGGCGUUGUCCCUGUUAAAUAUUUCCAGAAAAUCGAGUCAUGGCCUAAAAGAAACCCGGUGCCUUUCCAAGUUUAAAUUAUUUAGACAAAUGUAUUACUUCCUGUGUACCCUUAUUAUAGUUGGAUCCGUAUACAAGUAUUCUUUUCAUCAACAUGUCCACGUUGGACUUUGUGACUCACAAAACAAUCUGAUUUAAAUAGGAACAGAGGUAGUAUUAAUGAGGUUAUGUGAAAUUGACAUGAUAUAGUAUAUUAUGUAAAUGAAAAUUCUGCUGUUAAGCUGA